UAAAAAUAUUAAAAAUUCUCCUGUGCAUUGUCCAUGUCUUUUUCUAUCGUCCGAAUAGAUUUCAUAUUCUGUGAAUUAGCGUUUUUUGUUAAAAUAGUUAAAUUCGUUUAAGUUAAGCCGUCAUGUGAAUGGUUCGUUUUGAUUGUAAAAUGAAAUUCAGCUGAUGGAUUAACAAAUUUAAAAACAUUAAUGUUAAAGUAAAUUAAUCGCAAAUCUAUCUUCGGCCUCUAUGUCUCCGCCACACGGUUAAAUUAAACUCCAAAUGAAAAUUAAAACAAAAAUGACAAAAUUCUAGCUGCUUGAUCAGAACAACAAUGAAAUCUAUUCGGUCAUCGCUUUGGUGCAGCUCACAGCUGAACUUAAAGCACAUAAAAAAUGACAUAUGCAAGUCCUUCGCCUUCCAAGUGUGCAGGGGGACUCACGGGAAGAAGACAUCCUCCAAGGUAAGCGGUAGUUCUCAUAGCUGUACAAAGUCCUUUUACCCUCCGAGGCUUCUUGUUCGCAAAUUGAAAAAGAAGACACAGACAAAAUUUGUGAAGCACAUAUCAACGCACACAGUCGGGCGGAAGCAAGAGUCGGGUGACAUCACUCGAGAGCCGCCCAGACAGAAUGAUUCCGUUAAGAGCAAAAUCGAACGAGCUCGCUCCAAGAACGGGAUGAGCCAAGACGCCAGUUGUCACAGUAUCCCCACAUAUUUGUUUUCCAAUUUCUCACUCCCUACAUUCUCGGAUCUCGAAAACAGUUUCAGCAUUUUCAGUAACAGUUCUGAUUGGAAAACGGCAGAAGAUAAGGAUCUGAAUGUCGAGAUGUGCAUGGAUCUCGGGGUCGAGCCAAUGGAGGUCUCAAACAAUCAUGAUAUGUCUUACAGAAAGUCUCUGCUCGAUCUGAUAAACAACAAUGAGAAACCAGAGGAAAAAGAGGUGAAAUCAAACUGUAGCCUGAUAGAGCCACCGAGGAAUCUCCAGGCGGAGGUAGAUUAUUGUAUAGUCGAAGAGAAGCUACUAGGCUCGACUCCGUCCGAUGUGAUCUGGAAGAAUAAGAAUGUUUGCAUUGGCCCGGCAGUCGGAACCGAACUCUAUCCUCCGUCUGAUGUGAAAAUGACCAUCGUAUCGGCAGAUCGUCCCAAACAUUAUUGGAACAGGGCUAGCAAGACGAGUCUAAUGGAUGAAGAUGUUGAGAAAAUCCAAGAGAAGAAUAUCCCGUUAUUUACGUCUGAACCGGAAAUAUUGGAACUGAAUCCUUGCCCUGGUAAGUUGGAAAAUAUAUCGCUUUCCUCUGUUCCGGAAAAUUCCGAAUGCAAACCUUAUGCAGAAAGAGAAGAGAGCAUCUCGUUGAUGACUCCCAUUGUAUUGGUGCCUUGUACGGUGAAAGAAGGGGAUGUUACAUUGGUUACGCCCAAUUCAAAGAUUAAUGGAGUGACACCCGGUCAGAUGAAUUCAACGGAAAGCGAACCGAAUAUCGACCAAGAACAGUUCAACCCUACGAGUAUAGUAAGCAUAAUGAAUAUGAUCAAAGACACUGAUCAAAUGAUCUGUAGUGACAGUAAUAGUUUUGAAGAUUUCUUGAAAAAAGGCCCCAUAGAAAAGUUACCGGUCAGCUCGCCCGAACCUACGAAUGUUUUGAAUAUUUUAAAUUCUGUGGAUAAGUCUGCCGUAAUCAUUCAAAACGACCGAUAUGUAACAAACCGCAUUUUAGACACUCUAAAAGACAAAGGCAAUGAGAUGAACAAAGCUAAAGAUAAACUAAAGACAACUAGUCGAGAUUUUUUGAAAUUCAGCUGUGGUAUGAAUGAAAAGUUAGAUCGUUUGAAGGAAAAUUAUGAAAACUUUAAGAAGGAAACCAAUGGGGUUGAACAAGAGCUAACUAAACUUGACAAUUCAUUAAAUGAUGAUUUAUUAUUGUUAACAGACAAAUAUCACCUGCCACUUUUGAAAAAGGCAACAGAACAGGUGAAAGAAGGACUAGAGUCAAAAACCUUGUCCAACACAGAUUUCACUCUCCUCGAUAACAACACGGAAAAAAAUCUGUUGCAUUUGAUUUCAAAAAGCAGUAAAAAUAAUAUAUUUAAUGAUAAUGCCGAGCAAGAAAGUGAACAAUUGGUUUUUGAUAACAACGCUUUGGAUGAGAAUAUGCUUUUGUUGAGGAAUAAUGAAAAUGAUCAAGUUUUGGCAGACACCAAUAAUGUACAGUUGAGCUGUCAAGGACUGAAUUCUUUUUCAUGUUCUCCCUCGCAAAAAAUCACUAUAAACCAGUCGAGGCAAUCACAUGACUCUGCAAAAAAGUCGCAAGAAGGAAAGUUGAAUGUUGAUGUGGCUACAAAAACUGUAAUUUCAAGUUCGAGCAAAGCGAGCGGGAGUGAGAUAUCAAUUGUCGAAGUUCAGAAGUUCACUGACAAACGGUUACCUUUUCCAUUUAGUACAGAAACUGUUUUGCAGGUGUUCGGGACUAAGGAGAAGCUCACCGAUGCUCUUUCUGUCAUCGAGCAGUCCAAGGCAAAGGUCGCCGUUCUCAACAGCUCCGACGGGCACAAAAAAGGUAACCAGGUGUCUCCUGCCUUUCAAAACAUGCUCACAUCUAUUAAAUCUUUUGACGAAAAGAAAGUUUCCCCCAUUCCCCUGAUUAUUCCUGUCGAUGUUGUGAACUCCGUUAAACCGCUCGAAGUUCACCCCUUGUCUUCUGAACUGCUGAUGAGGCAGGCCAAACACGCCGAACUGGUAAAGCUAGCUCGAAGUAUAAGCGCAAGUAACAAGGCUAUGAAAAUUGCUUUCACCAAUAAACCAAAGAGAAUCGUUAUUAGAAAGAAUCAGAAUAAAACGAAAAAAACAGUUCCGAAGGUUGAUAACGAACGACGUCCGUUUAAAGAAAGCGUGGAAAAAGUAAAAAUUAUUGGCCCUAAGCAGAUUGAUCUUAUUUUGGGUUUGUCUCCUAAAGAAAGUGUAGCCAAAAGGAAAAGCGCUUACUUUCAAUCUACUGGGACGAAAAGGGUCGACCAACAGGUUAAAAUGAACGAUGAAAGAAAUGUAACAGAAAGGAUUAAAGAUGUAGAGAAAAGCCAAAAUCAGCCAGUUGAGCAAUGGGUUGGUAGAAAAAACCAUGUGACCUCCAAACCAGUGAUGGAAAUAAAACCUACGAUUUCCACUACACCAAAGAAAAUAGUCGACGCCAAAAUGAAGGCACUGGUAACUUUAAAAGCAGAAGAAGAAGAUGGCCUUUCACUAAGAGAUAGGACCAUCUUGAAAGAUAUUCUAGACGGAAAAUAUGGAUACCAAAAUGCUUUAAGCAAUAAAUUGAGCAGAGAGAGUAUUUCCACAAGCAGUAAUGUUAAAAAAGGCAGUUCGAGUGGCAAAGGUAACGGAGAUGAACCUACCGAUGAUGCGAAAAUGUCAAAGAUGUUGAUAGAGAAGAUUAAAAACGAUUCUUGUGGCCCAAUUCUUGGCAAUCGGGAAGCUAUAAGAGAUUGUGAAACAAAAACUGUUGAAUCUGUCAGAUCUAAAUCUCCUACUAAUAAUAAUAAUUUAACUCCACAGAAUCAUGAAAUGGGCAACUUGAAAACAUCAGAUUUAAAUAAGAAAGCAAAACAAAAUGUUAAAAAUGAACCCACUCUUAACAAAGCUAAACCCAUUAUUCAAAAAGUUGCAGCUAACAUUAUGACAAAUCUGAAAAAACAAAGUAGUACUUCUAAUAUGGCCAUCAAGCAUGUAAAUGAUGUUAAAGACAGGCAAAAAAUUGCAGUUAUUAAUCCCUAUGGCAAGCAACCGUCCAAACAAGAAGUCAUUGUGAAACCGGGAGUAGGUGUGAUGGGGGCACAGUUAUCAAAACCAGAACUGAUUCCGAUUGCUCAAACGAAUUCUGGCGAUGGUAUGAAAGCACAUGAAUUAUCCAAGAUGAAAGAAACAGUUAAACCGGGGGUCAAGCAAUUUGUUGAGUCGACACUCCAAAGUGAUGCUCCGUCACCCAAAAAGGAAUUCCUCUACAAGAGUUCUGGUAAUGUUAAGGUGAGUGUUUUCAUCCCCAAUUCCAGUAGACCGGAUCUUAUUAAAAAUAGUGCUAAAGUUGAAAAAAAAGUACCCAAAGAAGAAGCCAAGAUAUUGGCAAAUAAAACUGCAGAAAAUCCUCCCUUAAAAUACAACAAGGUUCUCUUCGUAAAGCCAAAUUCAGUCGCAAAAGAACGGGUGGAAAAUCAAGAUUUGUCCGAAGGACAGGUCACUCAUGACAAAAAAUUACGCCCAUACAAUUACGCACAGAUUUAUAAUCCUGAGGUAGUCAAACCUCAACCGGCAGCAAAAACAGUUGCACAUGAGGUUAGUAAUCCUGAGGAAGUCAAACCUCAAACAGCAGCAAAAACAGUUGCACAUGCGGUUAGUAAUCCUGAGGUAGUCAAACCUCAACCAGCAGCAAAAACAGUUGCACAUGAGGUUAGUAAUCCUGAGGUAGUCAAACCUCAACCGGCAGCAAAAACAGUAGUACCUGAGAUUAAUAAUUCUGAGGUAGUCAAACCUCAACCGGCAGCAAAAACAGUUGCUCCUGAGGUUAGUAAUCCUGAGGUAGUCAAACCUCAACUGGCAGCACAAACAGCUGCACCUAAUCAGUUGAAAAAGCCACAAACGGCCCCGACAGAUGACAAUCAGUCUUUUCCAUCUAAGCUGGGUGUGUCCCUGAAAAAUUUAAAGGAUGAGAUAGUGGCGAAAAAUGAAGGUAAGAGAAUACCCAUGAAACACUCACUCUUAUCGAAACUACCCCAGAUAAAGCCACUUACGUCAGUCAGUGAUAUGAAAAAACAGGCGUUAUUAAAAGCACAGGCUACUACUCAUACUAUUAAGGAAAAGGAAAUAGAAAGGAAUGAUGGCGAGAUGGCUGCAAGUCAUGCCGCUAAACCGACAAAUUUGACUGUGAAAGAUAAUAUCGAACUGAGACCUGAUACAGUUUCCCACACCCCUCCUCUUGACCUGAGUCAUGAGUUCAUGUUCAAUUUUGACAAGUUCAGUAAAGAAACAACUCCGUUUUUAGAUCCAACAUUAUGCAAAGAGUGCUUGGUCGCAGAGCACAGGAUUUUGGGCUUUCCAAUGCUCAACCCCGCCAAGACAGAUUAUGCCAUCAAGCAAGGCGUAAUUUCAAUUGACAUCGCUAAUAACUUGAUGCUUAAAAAACAGCUAAAAGGCAUUCCUUCAGUCACUACUAUACUGAACUCUACCAUGGGUGAUGCUUCCAAAGCAGCAUUGGCCAAGUGGAGGACUACGAUGAUCAACCAACUCGGUGAAGUCGGGUUCAAAGAUUUCUACAAAGAACAGUUAAAGAAAGGUAGUGAUUUUCAUGGAAGCGUACACCGAUAUCUUAAGACGCUUGCUACCGGCAAAGCUGAGGAAACAUCCUCUUUAACGUUCAAAAGUGUGAGAGAUGUACUUAAUAACAUUUCGGACGUGAGCGUCCUUGAAAGUCAAGUGAUUCACUCUCAACUCGGCUACAGAGGAGUCGUAGAUUGCAUCGCCAGAUACAAAGGCAUCCCCGUUGUAAUCGAGUGGAAACGAUCCGACAAGCCUAAGCCCACAGUCAGACACACUUUCGACGCUCCUCUCCAGCUCAGUGCCUACAUCGGUGCUCUCAAUUAUGACAAAAUGUAUGAUAUUCAGGUGCAAGGGGCCAUGGUCGUGGUGGCUUACAGCGAUGGCACCAAAGCAGACGUUUUCAACGUAAAUCUUGAAGAAUGCAAAGAAUACUGGAAACAGUGGCUUGGCCGUUUUAAAAGUUACAUACUUGCUAACCAAAGAUUCCUCAGCCCAAUUUCAUAAUUUUGUUCUCAAGUCUUUAAGAAAAAAUAAACACUAGUUUCUCAUGAUA